AUGGCGUCCUCUGCCGUCGACCUGACAUCGCUCGCUGAGGCAUGCUUCACCUACCCUUCGAUCGAUAACCACACCCAUAACCUGCUCCUCCCGAAAUGCGCUAUGGACCCCCCGUUGCAUAUCAUGACCACCGAAGCUCUAGGACCACCACUGGACGAUGUCUGGUGGGGGAUGUCCCAUAUCCGUGCGCGGAACAUGCUUUGCGAGGUGUAUGGUCUCCCGGCAGGAAGCACCUGGGAGGAGAUGCUCAAGGCUCGCCAGGCGAUGGAUUACGAGGAGAUGUGCAAGCUCAAUUUUGGAAAGAUUGGAAUACAGUGCCUUCUGCUCGAUGAUGGACUGAAUAACCUUGCGGAGACGUGUUAUGAUUAUAAGUGGCAUGAUAGGCUCACUACCAGUCCGACGAAGCGUAUUGUUCGCAUCGAGGUGUGCGCACAGGAUAUUAUCAUGUCCAUUCUGCGCAAGGCGGGACGCAACGCAUCCCAGAUAGAACUCCUUCCAGAAAUCAAAACGCAGAUCGAGGCAUUCAUCCGCACCUGCGUCGCCGAUCCCGAAGUAGUGGGAUUCAAGAGCAUCGCUGCCUAUCGCACCGGACUGGAUAUCGUCCCCUGGCCAGAGGCGGAGGGGGACCCAGUGUGCGGGCUUGAGGGCUUGAUGAAGCAGUGGGUGGCUGGAGGAACCCUGAGGAUUUCGAGAAAGGAGAAGAGGUUCGAGGAUUGGUUGAUCAGGACGCUGCUCAGGCUGAUCGGGGACAAACCCUUGCAGUUCCAUACCGGGCUGGGAGACACGCAUAUGCGGUUGUUCAAGGGUGACCCUGCGCACCUGCAGGAACUUUGUGAGGAGUUCCCCGACGCAAGAAUCGUGCUUCUUCACUCGGCGUACCCGUACACUCGCCAGGCAGGAUAUCUCGCGACAUGCUUCAAGAAUGUCUACUUGGAUUUUGGCGAGGUCUUCCCCCAGGUUGCGGCGCACGGACAACGCGACAUCAUCCGACAAAUGAUGGAAAUCACGCCUAUGACGAAACUUCUCUGGUCUACCGACGCGCACCAUCAUCCCGAGUGCUACUAUGUCUCGACGCGCCAAUCACGAGAGGCGCUCUUUGAGGUGAUCUCCGAGUUUGUGCAGCGCGGCGAGCUCAGCAUUGCCGAAGCGGUGGAUGGUGUGCAGAAGAUGCUCUUCCAUAACUCCAAUAAAGCGUACAACCUCGGGCUGAAACCGAUUCCGACUGGCCUGCCUAUCCCGCCCUCUGUUGGACUCUCCCCUAGUCUAGACACCGCCCGCACUUUCCUCAAGCUGGAUGAGCUAGUUGCUGCAGGCAUCAAGUAUGUCCGCGUCUCCUGGCUUGACUAUACCAACAAUUUCCGCUUCCGCCUCAUGCCAACAUCCCGGUUCAUCCAUGUUGCCCGCUCUUCCAAUCCCGGAAUUAACCUGACCAUGGCGACUCUCGGACUCGGGCAGACGGACAUGAUGGCCCGUGGGUUCUCGGGCAUCGGCGAGCACCUAUACAAGUUCGAUCUGAGCACACUGCGCCGCCUGCCUGAGGAGAUCGCCAAGGACCACGCGAGCGUCAUGGGCUGGUUCGAGUCCAAGGAUCGGAGUAUCGAGACGCGUAACCCUCUCUGUCCCCGGUCGUUCGUGGAGCGUUUUGAGAAAGAAGCGAAGGAGAAGUUCGGCGCGACAAUGCUCGUCGGGUUCGAAACAGAGUUCAUCCUACUCGAGAAUAUUGACCCGCCCAGCCCGGCGCAAAUCGGCGGUUGGUCCACCAGCUUGAAGCACAGGACGGGCAGUGUCGCGGCCGCGUGCUGCGAGGAGAUUGCCAGCACCAUCCAGGCAGCGGGUAUCGAGUUGCAGAUGUUCCAUGCUGAGAGCGGGCCAGGACAGUAUGAGAUCGUCACUGGCCCGUUACCACCGUUGGCGGCGUGCGACGCGAUCGUACUCACGAGGGAUAUCAUGUACCAUGUUGCGGCCAAGUAUGGCCUCAAGGCGACGCUGGUCCCCAAGCCUUUCCUCAAACCGAAGGCAGAUUACGCUGCCUCUGCAACGCAUGCCCACCUCUCUAUCAAGUCUGACCCCCCGGCGCCGGGUUCAAAUCAUCCCGACGUCCCGAACCUUCCAGCGGACUUCGCUUCCUUCAUGGCCGGCGUCCUCGCUCACCUCCCCGCAAUUGCAUGCUUCACGCUCUCAACACAGCCGUCCUACGCGCGUGUAGUGGACGGCAAUUGGUCAGGGGGCACUUGGGUCGUGUGGGGACGUGACAACCGAGAAGCUCCUCUCCGCCUUUGCGGAGGAUACAACGGCGCCGGGUUCAAUGUUGAGCUCAAGACUCUUGAUGGAACCGCCAAUCCAUAUCUCGCUAUUGGGGCUGUGAUCGCUGCUGGCUUGAUGGGCGUGGAGAAGAGGACAACGUUGACGCAAAGGAAUGCGCUGGGCAUUGUGGACCAUAUGACUCCAGCAGAAAGGGAGAAGAUAGGUGCUAAGUUGCGGAUCCCGAGGAGCUGGGAGGUGGCAAGGGAGACUUUGUUGCAUGAUCGCGAAUUCCAGAAGGUAGUAAGCAUGGAGGUCGUUAACGCAUGGAUCUCGGUCAAGGAGGCGGAGAAACUGCUUGCAAGCACGUAUGAUGACCCGCACAAGUUCUACACUACCUACUAUUAGGUAUUCUUGUCAUUUGGAUUCUGGUCUCCAGGGUUGUUCGCUCUACAUACACGCC